AUGAAGUUUGGUCAAAAAUUACAAGAAUUUGUUUAUUUUUUAACUACUAAUGAUAAAUACUCUGAAUUUGAUUCGAGGAAAUCAUUCAAUAGAAUCAAUAAACCCGAUUCUGAGAAUUUAUUAGGACAUCACCAUAAUAAUUCAUCAUUAGAAUUAGUUUCCAAUAUAAAUGAUGAGAAUUCACUGGCAAAGAAUGGUAGUAAUAGUAGUAGUAACAAUUUACAAGGAAUUCAUGAAGUUAAUUUAGCUUGGAGACAUAUUAAAAAUUGGUUACAUAAAUAUUCUCCUGAUUUAAAUAAUUCAUUACAAAGUAAAUGUACUGAUUCUGAUUUACAAGAUUUUCAAAAAGAUUUAUCAAUAAAAUUACCAAAUUGUGUCAUUCAAUAUUUUAAAUUAGUUGAUGGUCAAUAUUCUGAUUUUGAAUCAUCAGGGUUAAUAUUUGGAUUGAAAUUGAUGUCAUUAGAUGAAAUCACUACGGCAACUGAAAAUUGGCGACGAGUAGCUGGUCAUUUAAAUGAAGAAUUGAAACAAAAUUUUAAAUCAGGUUUAAGUAAAUUACCAUCUUCACAUUCAAAUUCCAAUCAAUUAACAAGGAAAUUCACUCCAACUAGUAGUAGUGCCGAUAGUAGUAUUACUAGCCCUGGUGCUAAUGAUAUAGAUAUUGCGAAUAUUGCCCAAGAACCAAUAUCAACAAGAUCUUCAAUUGAUAUUUCAACUACAACAUCAAGAACAAGCUCAACACAUAGUACUAAUACAGCAACUUCAAUGACUUAUAGCAACAACGGCUCUUCAGCAACUCUGCUGACGCUGAAAAAGAGGGGAAUGAAUAUACCGAAACAACGAUCAAUCCCACCAAAUUUCAUUCGAGAAACAUUUGCUCAUCCAAUGUGGAUUCCAUUAAUUACUGAUGGAGUAGGGAAUUAUGUUGGUAUUGAUUUAUCUCCAGCAUCAGAAGGUCUAUUGGGUCAAGUUAUAUUAUUUGGAAGAGAUUUUGAUUUCAAAUUUCAAAUUUCUGAUAAUUGGGGUGAUUUCUUAUUAAUUUUUGCUAAUGAUUUAGAAUUAGGGAAUUGGGAUUUAAAACAAGAACAAAAAAAUAAUGAUGGGGAUUUGUUUGUUGGUAAUGAAGGUGAUUUAGUAUUUAUUGAUAAAUCAUCAGGUUUGGAAGUUCCAUAUUUUGAAGUAUUGAAAACUCGAAGUGUGAAAAAAUGGUUAAACAAUUUACAAAAAUCGUCAAUAUCAUCAUCAACAAAUACAGAAGAAGAAGCAGAUACCAAUGAUAAACAUCAUGAACAAUUAUUAGAUGAAUUGAAAAAUAGUCAAGUUUCAAUAUUAACUUUGAGUAAUAAAAAAUUCCAAUCUAUUGAUAGUUUUAUCAAUAAUAAUUUGACAUUAAUUGAUAGUAUGAAAAAAUCAGAACUUGAAGGGAAAUCCCCAGUCUUUACUAACCACAAAACUAAACUAUCUUCACCAUCACUGCCAGUCACAUUUACUAAUAAUGCUAGUAAAAUCAAAAGCCCAUUAUCUCAAGAUGUCACAGAGACUAUUCUAGAAGGAGGAGAAGAAGAGGAAGAAGCUACCAAAAAAAAAUCUACACAACCACAACCACCUCCACCACCAACAACAACAACAACAACAAAAACAAAUAUAGAUCAAACAUUAGAAGAAGUAGAUUUGUAA